AUGGAAGAUGAGACCGGGGAAACAGAGAAGAAAAGGCGUAAUAUUCGUGACGAAGCAUACUUGGCUGCGCCAUUGGUGUCGCUCUCACGCGCCACUUCCCCUGCCAACUGGAGCGUCCGGGGUUCCGGUUCGCCUAGUCGUCAGCGUCGACAGCUGAGCUCGACUCCGAUUCCCCAAGCGCUUCCGGCACUGCCCAAGUUUCGAGGUACGGCGUGGGACUCGCUGUCGUCUUCCCCCGAGUAUAGACGGGCGGAAAGUAGUACCUACUACACGACUGCGUGGGGAUCGCCGUACGCGACUCCCAGUCCGCGCAGACCCUCUUGGACACAGAGUCAAGUCGCCGAACCAGGUCACCACUCGGGAGACACGUCCCCAGUGUCUACGCGAAGCGGCUUGCACCAGGUAUCAAGCGCGGAUACUCCGGAUUUGAGACACCCGUCGGCCUCGAGCCCCAUCGCCAGGCGAGUGUAUCCUUCAGUGGGGCGUGCUACUGCGCGAGAUAUACCAGGUAGACAAGGAGGGAAAUCUAUCAGGGAUUUUACGGAAGAUUGGAUCAAUCAGUACCUCUCGGGCCAGCCGAGGACUGAACGGACCAAUUGGUUAAGUGACGAUUCGGGUAGUGAGACGCCGUCGUUCUUCACUGCACAGAAUCAAUUUGUGGACGAAGACGGUUGGCUUGGUCUGGACGACGAUUCUCGCGAGGAAGACCCUCUGAAGACGCCCACGGUAGCUGAUUACGUUGCUCGUAGAGCGCGGGUUAAUAACGCAGAAACAGGCCUUCUUCCGCCUAGAGCCAAGCACAUCUCUCGCAAGAGCACGGAUACGUUGAAGCAAGAGGAUUUCUGGGGCUUUGCAUACGACAAGGAUCCGGUACCGUCUAAAAUGUCUGACCACCAGGACAGACAGCUCUCCGUCGAGGAAAAUGCGGCAAAGCCGCUCUCGCCGGUCGAGAAGCCUCUGCCACCACCGCCUCCAGCAGAGACUCCCCUAGGAGAGUCAUCAACGCCUAAGAUUUCUUCUGGAGACGUCAGUCCGGUCAAGGCGGCCAAAGCCUCUUCGACGGCGAGACCAAAGAAGCGAGUCGUUUGGCGUGGGAAAGCGUGUAUCAUUGCGGUUCCGUUGGAGGACAAGAGAGGUUCUGAAGAAUCAGGGUACCGUCUCCUGACUCGUGCCGAUGUCGAGGCACGUCUGAAGAAAUUCCAGGAUGAAGGGUACGAUACACGCGGCUUCAGUAUCUGCAUGCCGGAAGAAUCUUUUGCGCCAUCAGAAGAAGGUGCUCUAAGUCGGCCGCUUCACCCCGAUCCCGCUGACAUGAAGAAAGAAUGGGAUGCCCACAACUUCCAUGUCAGCUUCCCGGACCAGUCGGUGUGGGAUGAAUACGUGAACUUCCUCAAAGAGGAGAAGCUGAGAGCUCUGGGUGUAUCACUGGGCGACGACGAGCCGCAGCAGACAAUCUCUCCAGCCUCUGGCUCCAUGAGCCAUCUCCCUGGUCAAUUACCGGGCCUGAUCUCAUCUCCACCUGUCCCGACCGGUUCGGCGAACAGCAACCAGUUCUUUGCUGGCCAUCCUUUCUCCCCGCAUUUCAAUCAGUCUGCAAACCUUGGUUCGAUCGCCUCUCCAGCAUUUUAUGGAGGCGACCAGAAUCUCCCGUCAGGCUUCCCGUUCCAGUUUACUCCACCAAUUCAAGGGACUUUCACCCCUCAAAGCUUCUUGAACGCACGUCAAACGGGUGUCUCACCGACUGUUCCUAGCAACCUGCCAAACUUGAACUCUAUCUUAUCGCCUGUUUCACCUCUGAACACGGACGACUCGAACGCAUUCCACCCUGGUCUGCAUGACAUCGUUUCGCCUCACAAUGAAUUCAGACAGGAUGGACACGGUGACCUACACAGUCAACCUCCACGACAACUCCAGACGCCUUCAGAGAAGAAUGAACCGGAGUCCUUCCAGUCGCAUGUCGAGAUCGCCCAUCCCACCCCUCGUGGCCAUGGCCACAAUGUAAGCGAGACUUUGCAGAAGGGACUGGAUCGCUAUGCGCAGGCUGAUUAUCACUUGGAGGAAUCGAUCCAGAGACAGUUGGAGGAGGAUGACAGGGAGUCUAACCAACAGCACCAGUUCGGCGCAAACGAUCUGUUGAACUCUCGAUGGGCUUUGCCGGACAAGAUUCCUCAGUCCUCGCAGUUCCCGAGGCAGGGAUCGCUUUCUCAGCAACAUCAUCUCUUUGGCGAACACUACCAGGAAGAAACUGGCCGUGACGCCUCGGAUAUUGACACGAAUCCCAGCGUCUCUGGUACACCCCGUGUCCAGAGCCACUCCGCAAACCAGCCUUCCUGGCAUAAGUCCAGACAGAGCAACAGUUCAUUUGCUCCCGGUCACAAGCCAAGGACUUCGCUGUCAAAUUUCAACGUCGAAGCUAAAGAAUUUGAUCCCUCGGGUUCGUUCUCGUCUAGCAACUUCCAGUUCCAGGGCAACAGCUUCCAGCCUUCAGGAUUCGACAGCGCAGGAAUCUUCUCUCCAAAUUCUAUCUUCAAGCCUGCCAGUUCUGCAGGCUCCUUCAAUGUCGAGGCUUCUCCAUUCUCACCGUUCACUGGGCAGAACUCCUUCUCUGGACAGAACUCUUUCUCUGGGUUCCAGUUUUCGCCAGCGGCCUUCAAUGUUGAUGCACCUGUUUUCAACCCUGGAAACGCUGUUAACCCCAUAGUCUCUAGUUCGGAACCACCAGCAGGCGGCAAGAGCAAGAUAUUUGGCGACAUUGAUUUCACCCAGAUUUCGAAGCCUGCCAAGAAAUCGAAAGCUAUUCCUAUUGUGCGUCCAGACGAACACGGAAGUGACACUAAGGAGAACGAGAACGAAAAUGAUAAGGAGAAGGCUCGGGAAGAAACUGGUCGCCAGAAGCGUGCUCGCCGUACCGACGACGACGGUGACAAGGAAGUUGAACUUGCUGCCCCUCUGUCGGAAGCUGCCCAAAGACAGUCUCCUCAAGUGCCCAGUACAUCGCAUGCUCCAGCGGAGGGUAAGGAAAAUGCCAUUCCUGGUGCAGAGGAAAAAGUCACCCUUGACACCAAGAUCGACAUCGUACCGUCUGAGGAGAAGCCUGUGGAAUCGAAGGAGACCCCCGUCAGUGAGGCAGAGACCUGGACACCUUUUGAAUUCAAGAAUGAAGCCGAUGCCGCCGCAUUCAAUGCUGCUGGACCAGAUGCCCCUGGUAAAGUCGGGGUCGAAAAACAGGAGUCCAAUGGUGUUGUUGAACGGGAAGCCAGCCAAUUUCCUGCUGCAGAGAAUGGCGAGUCUGUUGCUCCAAAGGAAGAAAUUCCUCCACCUCGCCAGGAGUCUUCUUACAACAAUGCAAAGCGCCCGUUGAGGUCUAAGCCAUUUGAAUUCAGACCUUCUAUUGCUGAGUUCAUACCCUCAAAGUUUGUACUUCCAAAAUCCGAUGCGGAGCCUGCACCGAAGAAGGCUGCCGGCCUCAUGGCCUCCCGCUAUGCCGUGAUAAGCCCUCCAGCAUCGCCCGAGGUUGGAGCCAAGGAGCCUGAAACUCCCAAACCGACAACGACGGUCACGGCUGAGCCAGUGUCCAAGGAAUCUCCUAAACCGGCAGACCAGACGGCCGAGCCUGGCGAGGCACAUGACUCUCCUGAUGAGGAAGAGCUCAAUGCGGUUAUGGAACAACUGAACGGUGAUGACUCUGAUGUUGGUAUCGAGAGACAGAUCACCCCUCGUCCCCCGUUGGAGACUAUUCCAUCUCCUGUGGAGCCGACGACGGAGCCCUCACUGCCUCCAGUCAACAUCAUCCGAAGCGAAGCUCCAAGCCCAAGCCCGAAGGCACCUCGGCAGAUACGCGACAUUCCCAAACGGGGCUCAGACGUCGGUGUCAAAUCGCCCGCCGCUCUCUCUGCCAGCGGUUUCGCAUCUCAUGCCAAUUCUUCAGUGCGCCAAGCGCUCAGUGUCAAUGAAGAGCUCAGCGAUUGGAAUGAUGUCCUCUCUUCGGGCGAAGACGAGAAGUUGGCCAACAGGAGCAGGUUCUUCGAUUCUCGCGUUGACGAUAUUGUUGGAACCGCUUUGGACGAACGCCUGGGCCCGCUGGAGCAGACAUUGAGUGUCAUCCAGCAAUCGGUGGCGUCGCUUGCUUCUCGAUCUGGUAGUAGAAGGCCACUGCGCAGUACGUCUGCCGAGAUCGAACACAGUGAUGCAGAUGAUGAGGACGAUGAAGAGGCCGAAACGAGAUCAAGAUCUCCUCUGGAUAUCAGGGAUCGGAAAAUGGAAAAGCUCAAGAACGCCGUUUUGGAUGCUCUCGUUGCGCACCAGUCCUCCCGUCCUGAACCCGCAGCUCCUGCUGUGGAUUUCUCCUUCCUGCAGGAGAGCAUUGCCGAACUCAAGAGCAUUGCGGCUUCAAGACAACCUGCAGCGGAGACCGAAAACCUAAGAGAAACAGUUCAGGCAGUCAUUGCGGAGCAGCUUAGCAUCAGAGACGCUCGGAGGUCUGAUGCUGAUGAGUACGAUGCAGAGAGCUUGAAACUUCAAGUUGACGGACUUAAGAGCAUGCUCAGAAUCGCCGACGAACGAGCCGAUCAACAACACAAGGCCUAUAGAGAAUCCCAGGACUCUCUCGCAGAGGUCCAAAGGUUGCUCAAGUUCGCGGAAGAAGACGCAGCCCGUCAUCGUGACUCAGCGCUUGCUGCUGAGGAGAGUCUACGUGUGUUCAAGGAAGAGAGGAUCCCGCAUUUCGAGUGGAUCCAGAAGCGGUCCGAUGCUCUGCAAGAGCAGCAGGAAUCUCUCCAGCUUACUCUCUCUGAGCUGUCGGCGAAGAAUAUCGCUCUCGAGGGCACUCUUGAUGAGUACAGGCUGUCAAGCGACCAGUGGAGACACCAGAUCGAAGAAGUCAAGGCAGAGAACAAGGAUCUCCGUGCUACUAUCAACCAUCUGAAGUCUCGCAUCGAAGAUAGCUUGCGUGCCAGGCAGAGCCUUCGAACCAAGUUCGACCGUCUACAAGAUGAUAUGACUACUGCAACACGCGACAUUGUCCGUGAACAGGCUGCUUGGCGCAAGAGAGAAGAGGAUCACAUCGCUAAAUACAACGCUCUCCGCGCUUCCUAUGACAGAGAAGUCAAGCUCCGGGAGAAGCUAGAGAUUGACAUCAGCGAGCUGGAACAGCAAGAGAGGGAAGCUGCGAAGCUAAAAUUCAUCUUCGCCCAGUCCCAGCAUGAGAAUGCUAGGUUGGAGGAGCUCAUUUCCGCUCUAAGACUGGAGAACAACGAACUCCAAAGCAAAGCUGUGCGCUUCGAGCGGGAAUUCAAUGAAGCCCGCGAGAGUAGCCGUGCUGAGGUUCAGCGCACCAGGACCUCUAUGGAGGCUGACAUCGAAGCCGCGAACAACCAAGUGAACUAUGUGCGCGCAGAACUUGAGGCGCAGAUUUCCCGUGUGCAGAAUGAGCUGGAGAACGUUAGAAUGGACGCCGACACUACCAAGGAGCGCUAUGAGCUGCUGCUGGAAGAAGCGAAAGACGCGAGGGAAGCUGCAUUGGCGGCUGCUCUUGAGUCUAAGGAGACUGCUCUUGAAGAGCAGCGCAAGCUGCAUGAACGAGUCCUCAAUGAUCUCCGAGAACGUCAUGCUCGCGCUCUGCACAACGCUUCCGAAGAUAAGCAGCGAAAUGAGGAGCACAUGUUGGAGAAGCUUUCUCUCUCGGACGAAAAGGUCGAGCAUUAUAAAGACCGCGUUGCCCAUCUUGAGGAGAAGCUGGAGAUUGCCAAGUCUGCGGCCCGCGCAGCAGCCCAAGCAGCUCAGGCCAAGGGAGCUCCGAUCAGCUCUCCUCCCCAGCCGACUUCUCCGUCCAUGUCUUUCAGACGCGACUCUGUACCAGAGAAGAUCUCACCACAGGCCCUUCGAGAGUCUAUCCUGGUACUCCAGGAUCAAUUGCAGCAGCGUGAAGGCCGAAUCGAAGACCUCGAGCAGGAACUGUCGACUGUCGACAAGGAGGCCCCCAACAAGAUCAAAGAAAAGGACACCGAGAUCAACUGGCUCCGAGAGCUUCUGGGCGUACGUAUUGAUGAUCUGCAAGAUAUUAUCAACACCCUGUCCCAGCCAUCCUUUGAUCAGAACGCCGUCCGUGACGCUGCGAUCCGUCUGAAGGCCAACCUCCAGAUGGAGCAGCAGGAGAAGGAACGAGCCAUGGCUGGCGGACAGACAUUCCCGUCUCUGUCAUCCAUCUCCAACCUGGCUGCAUCCCCUCGUGCCCUUCCCCUUGCCGCUGCCGCGGCCUGGGGAAGCUGGCGCAAGGCGAGAGAUGCCAAUUUGUCAGAGCAGACACCUUCGAAAUCGAGCACCGCAGGCGGCUUCCUGUCGGGUCUCCUGACUCCACCAAGCUCGAACGUGCGACAGUCCCCUAUUAACGGAAGCGCUCCGUCGAUGAUGCAAGGGGCACGACGCUCGUACUCGGAGAGCCGCCCACUGAGGUCUUAUAAUAGCAACAAGACCCUGCGAUCUGCUUCGGCCCGUCAUAGCGAGAGUCCUUCGCGCUUAGAACCGCCAACCACUCCGCCGCUACUGCGGAGAUCAAGCUAUGACCACGACGCGGAGCCGAAUAACUACGAAAACGGCACUUUCGGAGAUGACCUAGAAAGCACCAUGGGCGGUCUGGUAUCUCAAUCGCCUCGCUCCGUCGAAGGUCCCUUUGGACCGCAAAUUGUUUCAUGAGAUUGAUCAAUGCCCAUUUCCUUUGUCAACUAAGUUUUUGCUUUAUUUUGCAUAUUUACCCGGAAGAGAGAGCUCUGGAGGUAGAUGUCAGAUCAAAUUGCCUGAUAGUUUUGACUAGUCAUCUGUUUAUUUCCCCCCAAGCGAGCGAAUGAUGUGUUUUGACCCCUUGUUGUUUUCAUCCGAUUUCUAUAUCUCUCCCGACUCUUUAUUGGUCCUUGUACAAUCAUCCUAAUUUCACGGCGUACCGAUCACGAUCUUUCUAUUUGAUACCGCGUGGG